CAGUCCUCAUUCUGUGAGUUGAUGUGCUUGUUAAAAGUAGUGAUUUUGCUCUUUACAAAUAUCUUCUCGGAGUUCAUAAGCUCGUGACAUUCGCUCGUAUCACAUAUUGCACUCAGCUUUCUUGAUUUUUACCCCCAAUUUUAAUUCACCAAAGUUCUUACGAAAUUUUACUCGUAUUUGAGUUUUUUUAUUUUAUUUGAAAAUCAGAAUAAGUAAUUGCACUCAUGAAUGUGUUGCUGGUGAUAUCAAUGUUUGCAGCCUCAUCUUGGGGUUUGAAAUUUUCUUUCACAAAUGAUACUGAGUUGGAAAUUUUUCGACGUCAAACAUUGAUAAUGAAUUGUUCCAGUGACGAAGAAAUAGAAUGGCUCAUUCCAGACGAUAGUAAUGCAUUGAUAAAAAACGUUUCAAGUUAUGAGUCGAGUAUUGUAAUCAACCAGACCAAGAAAUGUGAUAGUGGAGACUACAUAUGUAGACCUAAAAACAACGUUAAUGAGUUCGCUCGGAUACGCAUCCAUGUUACAGGAUUGCGAUACACGUUCAAGAACGGGGCCAGUAUAACGGUACAGACCGGUCAAAAAUUAAACUUCAGCUGUUCAGAUCAAGGAGGAGUGGACUGGAGCACUCCAAAUAAAAGUUCGGUAUCAGUCGAGAAAAUUUCUUUGUACGAAGAAAGCAUUAUAUCAAACGGAGCAGUUCCAUUCGAUAGUGGCGAUUACGUAUGCGCAUCGAAGACAAACCCACGUGAACGUGCUGGGUUCUCCCUCUAUGUCAGUAGCAAGCGUGUCUCAUGAAUGUAUACAGAUACCUGAAGAAUAUGAUGCAUUUCCAUUAAUUGCUACGAAUGGAUAUACUCAUACCAUCAUGUUACUUCAAAUUACUUAAUCAUUCAUUUGUUUACGUGUACCAACUAAAAUAUAGAAGAUUAAGCAGUGCAAAUCGAUUUUAAGCAACGUUUCUUUAUAAAAUUGAACUUCUGUUAAGUAGGUAUAGUACUUGAAGAUCUCAGCAAAUGUGGGUAUAAUGAAUACCUAUUGUAAUUUUAAGAAUGUAAAUUUCGAUUUGAACUGUACUACAUAUCUUACAAUGUAGGUAACUUGUUUUCUCAGUACUAUUUUUUGUUUGAAAAAUUGUACUAAAGCAUGGCUGGGUGUAAAAAAGGGAAAAUUAACUCGAUCCAUGAAAUCAAAAUGAUUCAGGAUAGACUUUUGGAAAGAAAUAUUGUUUAUUGCAAGUUGAUACGGUUAUUUUAUUCUUGGGGAAAUAAUUAAUCUGAUUUCAUGGGUGAAAUUUCACCUAAUGUAGCGUUCUAUGGGGUUAAUAUGCUGAAGAAGUUGGGUACCAAUAAUUCAAUUUCAUUAUAUCGAAUAACUGUGUACUUAUAGUCAUUAAUGUAUACCUUAAUCGCGAGUAAGCUAAAUGUUACUAAGUAUUUGUAGCAGAUCGCUUUCUUCUUUUGUUCCCUCAAAAUAGGUACAUAAAUUAUUGGGUAAACAGAUUAAUAAUAUUUCGUUGAAAUUGUUUCAUCUAUAGUUACGUAUGUAUUAUUAGGUACAAAUUAUUUUUUAAUUAAAAUUAUG